AAUAAUUGCAUGAGGAUCUUCUUCAUGUGGUUGCCUUUUUCUUCUCAUUUUCUUCUUUGAAUUACCUGUCUAAACUUGGAGUUAUGCAUUGUUUUGCUUGUUUUUGUACAUAUGAAAUUGUUGAUGAUUAUGAAUAAUGAACCAGAAAUACUCCCACUUUUUUUUUUUUUGAGCUUCGACGAUGGCUCAUGGUUUUUCCUCUCCUAAGGACUCUAUACUCAGCUAUUCUGAAUUAGUUUCAGCUGUCAUAUCUCAAACCCUAUUAAUUAGUAAAUGCUCAUAUAAUCAGGUUUGCCCCUCAAUCUCCGUUCUUCUUUAAUUCUGUGUUUAGUUGAUGUUCAUAAUGUAGAUAUUUGCUACUUUAUCUUUGGCUAUAAUAAUUUUUCACAAACCAUAAGGUUCCUAAUCCAGUAUAUAGUGAAGCACUAUAUUCUCUAUCAUGUAGUAGAACGUUUAAUCUGGUUUGAAGUUCAUAAUCCGAUGAGGUUAAAUCAGAUUGAUGGAUGAACAUAUGCCAAAAUGUUGGAAAUGUGAUAAAACUCUUGAUUUCCUAUGAAACGAUGACAUCAGAUUAUGUAUGAUUAGAUUACUACUCCUAGUUCAUGGUUCCCUAGUUAAAUUAUGCCUUGUCAGGCUUUAUGUUAUUAUGACAUUGUGGAUUAACUUAUAGUAGGUAUUGCAAAUUUUAGCAAGCAUCCAAUAUCUCUUCUGAACAUUAUAAAUGAUCAUGAUUACAUUCAAAUGAAACAAGGUGCAACCUCAAUUAAUUGUGUUUCAAUUUAUUUGUUACGACGUUCAAUUAUAUGCUUGCUCUUAUCUUUUCUUACAAAGAAAUUAUUAAAUGGAUACUCAAAUUUUCCUCAGAUGGAGGAAUCAAAGUUCAUUGAAGAAAGGACAUAUCCUGCUAAUUCAUUUUUCUCAAUGGAAGGUUGUAGUCCAGAAGACAUUUCACUCUUCGUCAUGGGCCAGCAAGAUAAUGAAAUUCUUCCUCUUGAUGAACUAAAAGGAGUUGAGGUGCCAAAACCCAGUGAUGGAGUAUUAAAGAAUUUAAAGGAAGAUGAUAUGAAAAGAAGCUUCAUUGAUACUGCAACACCUUUUGAGUCUGUUAAACAGGCUGUAUCCAAAUUUGGAGGGACUGUUGAUUGGAAAGCUCAAAAGGAACUGAUUAUAGAGAAGCGCAAGCAUGCCCAACUUGAACUUAAGAAAGUACAUGAAAAAAUCCCAGUAUACAAAGCACAAUGUGAAGUUGCAGAAGCAUUUAAAGAAGAGGUGCUAAAGGAGUUAGACUCUGCUAAAAGACUCGUGGAAGAGCUUACUCUAGGUUUGGAGAAAGCAGAAACUCAGGAGGCAGAAGCCAAACAAGACUCCGAACUUGUUGAUCUACAACUGAAAGAAAUGGAGCAAGGAAUUGCAAACAGUGCAAGUGUGGUUGCCAAGACACACCUAGAGGCCUCCAAGGAAAGAUGUGCCAGUGCAGUUGCAGAGUUGAAAUUGGUAAAAGAAGAGCUUCACUCCACAAAAAGAGAAUAUGAUUCAUUAGUUCAGGAGAGGGACAUCAUAGUAACGAAAGCUGAUGAUUCUGUUUCUGCAUCGAGGGAAAUCGAGAAGGCUGUUGAGGACCUGACCCUCGAACUUAUCAUGAUUAAGAAAUAUCUUGAGUCUGCUCAUUCUGCGCAUCUUGAAGCAGAAGAACAAAGAAUUGCUGCAGCCUUGGCCUUAGAUCAAGAUAGAUUAAACUGGGAAAAACAGCUGAAGCAAGCUGUAGGAGAAUUACAACACCUUAACGAGAAACUCCUGUUGACACAGGAUCUUGAAUCAAAACUGGACAGAGCUUCUACAUUAUUUGUCAGUCUAAAAGAUGAAUUAUCUUCGUACCAAGAAGGACAAAGGAACCUGGGAACCAAAACCACUCAAGAACAGAUGUCAGCUUGUUGGGAAGGAAAUCUACAAGAGACAGAAACAAACACUCAAGAAGCAUUAGCCUCAACUACUAAAGAGCUCGAGGAAGUAAGAUCCCAUAUUGAAAAUGCUAAGAAUGAAGUCAAUUGUUUAAAACUCGCUGUUUCUUCACUAGAGAAUGAUCUGGAAAUGGAGAAAACAACCUUGGCCACUAUGAAACAGAGGGAAAAUCUUUCAUCCAUUUCAGUCUCAUCACUUGAAGCUGAACUUAACAGGGUUCAUGCUGAGCUGGAGCUAAUUAUGAACAAAGAUGAGGAUUCCAGAGAAAAGAUGGUGGACCUACCCAGGGCACUGCAACAAGCGGCUGAGGAAGCAGAUCACGCUAAAUUGGUGGCGAAUUUGAUGCGUGAGGAACUAAAGAAGGCUAAGUAUGAAGCGGAGCAAGCCAAUGUUGCAGCUAACACGAUGGAGAAAAGACUAAAUGCAAUUAUGAAGGAAAUUGAAGCAUCCAAAGCUUCCGAGAAGUUGGCUAAAUCAGCACUCGAAGCAUUGGAAGAAAGUGAACGGGCAAACUUAGAAUCUGACAACUCGGCAAAUGGAGUAACCCUACCAAUUGAAGAAUACUAUACACUUAGCAAGAACACCUAUGAAGCCGAGGAGAUUGCUUAUAACAGAGUAAUUUCUGCUUUUGAACAAAUUAAAGCUGCCAAGGAAUCUGAGUUAAAGAGUUUAGUAAAACUGGAGGAAACAAAAAAGAUGAUUAAGAAGAAGAAAAUAUUCCAAAUAGCUGCAGUGGGAAAACCCGAGAUGGCCAAUGAAGAAAAACUAGAUGCAGAACAGGAGUUGCAAACAAUGAGAGCUGAGCUUGAACAACGAAGAAAAGUUAGCAAUGAUGCUAUGGGCCUAUCUGAUCCAGAAGGCGCAAUCGGUGAAAUAGAUGCUGCUUAUGAAAGUUCAUCAGGAAGUCCAAGACCCUAUAUACCACAAUCAAAUACAACAAUUGCCCUACGAAACUCAAAAAGGAGGAGAUCCUUUUUACCUCGAUUGGUCACGUUUUUAACCAGAAAGGAGGUUCAGACGCCGAAGUCAUAAAAUAGCAUCUUCAAAAGCACUAAAUACUCUCAAUUUUAUAUUUAUCUCAUUAUGGCAAAGUUAAUUAUGCCAUCAACAGAGAGCUGAUAUAGUGAAAUAGAUGACUGUUUUCUUACAAGAUUCAUUCGAUGGCAACUACGUGGUGUCUUACUUGCAACCAGACAUGAAUUUGUAGCAUUUUGUACUCAAAUCUUAUGCUUAUGGUAGGAGAAAAAGAACUCCAAUACAAAAUUAAACAGGCGCUGAGUAUUUAAAGCUAUAAGAAUAUACCAGAUUGUUCACUAAAUCGAUAAAUCAUGCAGCAGCAGUAGUAAUUGGUCUCGGGGAUGCUUCCUUGUCUAAUUAAACAAUUUUAUGCCACGAGGAAAGUCUUCGCAGUGCCUCAAAUAUGGAACUACUGAUCCGAGGUUCAUUUUCCUUCUCGAUUUGCACUCAAAAGAUGGAGGGAAGUGAAAGCAGGGUUCCAUCGUCAAGGAUUGCAGGCAAAGAUUGUCCUUAUCAUGCUUCACAAGCAUCCACGGUCUUGUACCACCGAGACCUUGUGCCACAUACCCAAAGGUAGAAAAUGGACUGGUGACCAACGAAUCACUGAAGCUCAAAAGAUAAAUUUCUGCAAGAGCCUUCAUGUUGUGAUUGAGCUUCUCUGUGUGCUGCCGCUCUUCGUGGCUGGGUUGAUAAACGCCAAUCACCUCUCCGGUCACCGUUGCAUGCUCAUAGUACAUGUCUCUCAGCCUCUCGAAGUAUCCAUUGCUCAAACUCGUCACAAGAACAGCUUUUGGCUUCGCUCCAGUGAUGUUUGGAAGAGCACUACCUUUUGUAUCAAGGCCGGGUAAAAGCUUUCUUGUCAGCGCGCAGCCAAUUAUAUAACUGGAGUGGCUGUUGAAGUCGACAUCUCCAAAAAUUCUUAUCUGCAUCCCUAACCUUUCCUUUGCAUUUGCUAGAUAUGCUUCGUAGUACCUUGUUAUGUAACCCCAGACCGAGUUGGAUGGGUGGAACAGGUAUCUUCCCAGGAGAUGGAAGACGGCCGUCCUCUCAUUGAAGAGUAACCUUAAUUCCUCCUCAAAUUUAGGCACGAGGAACAAAGAGGGCACAAAAUAUUGAUUCGACCUCAGCAAUAUCCAGGGGAAAUGUUGAAGCAGCAGCUGAGCUUCUUCACAGUAGAACAUCUUAUCGUAGUCGUCGUUAUCGUGUAUGAGGUGAAGAUAGAGAUAA